CCCAGGCCCCUCAGCCAUGGCGGCCCCGGCCGCGCUGCGCCCGCUGCUGCCGCUCGUCCCCGUGGCCGCCGCGCUGGCGCUGGCUGCGGGCGGGACACCGGCGGGGACAGACAGCGACAUCGUGCACCCCAUCAAGGUGGACGAGCGCGGCUCCUUCCUGUCCUACGACCUGUCGCACCGGGCGCUGCGCCGGCGCUCGCCGCUGUCCCGGAGCCAGCCGCCCGCCUUCUACCAGCUGCACUACAGAGGGCAGGCGCUCAGCUUCAACCUGAGCCUCAACAGGCACCUGCUGGCCCCGGGCUUCGUCAGCGAGCGGCGUUUCGGGGGCACGGCCGGCGCCAGGAUCCAGCCGCGCUCGCACAACCCGUGCCACAUGCUCGGGGAGGUGCGGGGCGCGGCGCGGCGGGGCGGGCUGGCCGCGCUCAGCACCUGCGAUGGGCUGAAGGGCGUGUUCCAGCUGAUGAACGAGGACUAUUUCAUCGAGCCCGUGUCCAGCGGCCCCCGGCAGGAGGGAGCAGCUCAGCCCCACAGGAUCUACAGGCGCCAGGUGCCCGAGGGCAGGGCUGGGCAGGGCAGGAGCCCCCCGGGCCCAGGGCAGUCCUGCGGGGUGCCAGAGUCUGAGGAGAGCCCGGGGCGCUGGGAGCGGCGCAGGGAGAGGUGGCAGCAGAGGCAGCCCAGGAGCAGCAGCAGCAGCAGCAGGAGGAUCCAGCAGCGCUCCAUCAGCAGGGAGAAGUGGGUGGAGACCCUGGUGGUGGCAGACACCAAGAUGGUGGAGUUCCAUGGCAGUGCCAACGUGGAGAAGUACGUGCUGACCGUCAUGAACAUGGUGGCAGGGCUGUUCCACCACGCCAGCAUCGGGAACCCCAUCAACAUCGCCGUGGUGCGGCUCAUCCUGCUGGAGCACGAGGAGCAGGAGCUGAAGAUCUCCCACCACGCAGACAACACCUUGAAGAGCUUCUGCAAGUGGCAGAAGAGCAUCAACGUGAAGGGAGACUCCCACCCCCUGCACCACGACGUGGCUGUGCUGCUCACCAGGCAGGACAUCUGUGCUGCCAUGAACAGGCCCUGUGAGACGCUGGGGCUGUCCCACGUGGCUGGGAUGUGCCAGCCCCACCGCAGCUGCAACAUCAACGAGGACACGGGGCUGCCCCUGGCCUUCACCGUGGCCCACGAGCUGGGACACAGUUUUGGGAUUCAGCAUGAUGGAAGCAGCAAUGACUGCGAGCCAGUUGGGAAAAGACCUUUCAUCAUGUCUCCACAGCUCCUGUAUGACACCUCCCCUCUCACCUGGUCCCGCUGCAGCCGCGAGUACAUCACACGCUUCCUCGACCGGGGCUGGGGGCUGUGCCUGGAUGACCCCCCAGCCCAGGAGGUGCUGGACUUCCCCCUGGUGCCCCCGGGUGUCCUGUAUGAUGUGAGCCACCAGUGCAGGCUGCAGUACGGCCCCUACUCCACCUUCUGUGAUGACAUGGACAGUGUGUGCCACACGCUGUGGUGCUCGGUGGGGAACACGUGUCACUCCAAGCUGGACGCUGCUGUGGACGGCACGGCGUGUGGGGACAGCAAGUGGUGCUUCAACGGCGACUGCGUGCCCGUGGGCUACCGACCGCAGCCCAUCGCGGGGGGCUGGAGCCCCUGGAGCCCCUGGGGCCGCUGCUCCCGCAGCUGCGGGGCGGGAGUGCAGAGUGCAGAGAGGCACUGCAGCCAGCCCACGCCCAAGUACGGGGGCCGGUUCUGCCUGGGGGAGCGGCGGCGGUUCCGGAUCUGCAGCGUGCGGCGCUGCCCCCCCGACACACCCUCCUUCAGGCAGCUCCAGUGCAGCCUCUUCAACCCCAGGCCCUACAAGGGGAAGCUCUACAAGUGGACUCCAGUGCCCAACAACUUGAACCCCUGCGAGCUGCACUGCCGGCCCGAGCGCGAGUUCUUCGCCGAGAAGCUGCGGGACGCGGUGCUGGACGGGACACCCUGCGACGAGAGCGGGGCCAGCAGGGACGUCUGCAUCAACGGCAUCUGCAAGAAGGUGGGCUGUGACUACGAGAUCGACUCGCAGGCGGUGGAGGAUCGCUGCGGGGUGUGCCACGGGGACGGCUCCACCUGCCACACCGUGCACAAGACCUUCGAGGACAGCGAGGGGCUGGGGUACGUGGACGUCGGGCUCAUCCCGGCGGGCGCGCGGCAGAUCCGCAUCGAGGAGGUGGCCGAGGCCGGGAACUUCCUGGCGCUGCGCAGCGAGGACCCCCAGAAGUAUUUCCUGAACGGGGGCUGGACCAUCCAGUGGAACGGGGACUACAGGGUGGCAGGCACCACCUUCACCUACAAGAGGACGGGGAACUGGGAGAACCUCACCUCUCCAGGGCCCACGGUGGAGCCCGUGUGGAUCCAGCUGCUGUUCCAGGAGACCAACCCCGGGGUCAGGUACCAGUACACGAUCCAGCGCCCGCCCGACAGCGACAACCAGGUGGAGCAGCCCGAGUUCCUGUGGCACUUUGGCUCCUGGAGCCCCUGCACAGCCACCUGUGGCACAGGGGUGCAGCGGCAGGCAGUGCACUGUGUGGAGAGGCUGGCAGGGCUGGUGGAGGAGCGAUUCUGCGACGCGCUGACCCGUCCUGACGACCGGCAGCGACCCUGCAGCGAGGAGCCCUGCCCGGCCCGGUGGUGGGUGGGCGAGUGGCAGCCGUGCUCCGCCUCCUGCGGGGCCGCGGGGCGGAUGAAGAGGCCGGUGCUGUGCAUCCAGAGCGUGGGGCCGGAGGAGCAGCGAGCCCUGCAGGCAGCGCACUGCCAGCACCUGCCCCGGCCCCCGGCCACGGCCCCCUGCCCCCAGCCGAGCCCCUGCCCCUCGCCCUGGGCCGUGGGCAGCUGGUCUGAGUGCUCUGUGAGCUGUGGCAAUGGCACCCAGAGGCGGCCCGUGAGCUGCAGCAGCAGCGCUGGGGCUGGCUGUGACCCUGCUGAGAGACCCAGCCCCUCCAGGCCCUGCUCCCUGCCCCCGUGCCCCCCGCGCUGGGACGGCCCCGACGGCUCCGGCAGCGGCUCCUCCAGCACGGAGGUGUUCAACGAGAUCCAUUUCAUCCCCAGCCAGCACGUCCCCCAGCUGAGCCCCCGGGUCCCAAACGUGCCCCAGCCCAACCACAACGCCAUCCCCGAGGAGGACUUCUCAGCCAGGAAAGGAAAUGUCUUUGUGGAUGAUUUUUACUAUGAUUACAACUUCAUCAACUUCCACGAGGACCUGUCCUACUACCCCUCCACGGAGAAGGAGAGCAAAGGGCAGGAGCCAAGGCCAGAGCUGAGCACUGGGGGCCCCUGGCAGGUGCCCACCGAGCUGGGAGGGGACAGCCAGCAGCAGCCAGGCUCCGAGGAGGAGAGCACUCCUGCUCCUGGCCACGAGCCACACCCAGAGCCCGGGGCUUUGGCCACCAGUGACCUCCUGAGCGUGGCCCCCGAGGAUGGGGGGCCGGCCACGCCCAGCUACAGCACCCCUGGAUUUUUGGGUGAGGAGGAGGAGGAGGAUGCAGUGCCUGUGCCUCACCCUGAGCAGCAUGAACCCACCCAGAGCUCCGUGAGCCACUCUGCAAACCCUGCCCACUGGGAUGGGUCCCACGGAGCUGAGCCCGGCAGGACCAGCCUUGGGCAGCAUCCCCCAGCCCAUGGCCCCACUCCCUGGGGUCCCCAGGCAGCUGCUGCAGUGCCCACGGGCUGGGCCAGUGCUGCUGUGGCUGUGCCCCACGGGCAUGUGAGCACAGAGGGACAGGGCACAGCCAGCUCUGCAGGGACAGGCCACCAGGACUCCAGGGAAACGGGUCUGGCCACCACCAGUGGCACUGAGGGUGCAGCCCCACAGCCCCCAGGGCAGCAGGGGUGGGCAGGGGUGCCAGAGGGGGUGCUGGACACGCAGGCAGGUGGGCAAGCCCAUGGCAUGGGCAGGGCACACCUUGCCUUGCCCACCCCUCCGGGCUGGGAGGGGGCAGGGGGUGCUGGCAGCCCCCAGCCUGCCCUGAGUCCCCCUCCUGUGGGUGCUGGCAGGGCUCCUGAGGGACAGGGAGGGCAGCAGCCAGAGCUCCACACCCCCACAGCCCCCACCUCACCCCCCUGGCUGGCCACAACUGCCCCUCCAGUGUCCUUGUCCCCUGCCAUGCCCGGGCCAGCCCCCCAGCUCACCCCCAGUGGGCUCAGCCAGCAGCAGGGGCUGGUCCCAGCCAUGCCCACAGCCCCAGCUCAUGGCCCACCUGCCCACAGAGCAGGGGCCCCCCUGGAAUGGGGGACACAGGGGGUGUCCCAGCACCAGGAUCCAGCAUGGACUCUGCUCAGCAUCACUGCAGGGAGGGAGCCCUCAGCAGGGACAGGGACAUGGACAGGGACACACCCAGGGACAUGGACAGCCCCAGGGACAGGGACACCCCCAGGGUCAGGGACACCCCCAGGGAUAUGGACAGCCCCAGGGAUAUCACCCAGGGAACCCUCCCCAUGGACAGCCCCAGGGACAGGGACAGCCCCAGGGACAUGGACAGCCCCAGGGAUAGGGACAGCCCCAGGGAUAUCACCCUGGGAACCUUCCCCAUGGACACCCCCAGGGUCAGGGACACCCCCAGGGACAUGGACAGCCCCAGGGACAGGGACAGCCCCAGGGAUAGGGACACCCCCAGGGAUAUCACCCUGGGAACCUUCCCCAUGGACACCCCCAGGGACAGGGACACCCCCAGGGAUAGGGACAGGGACAGGGACAGCCCCAGGGUCAGGGACACCCCCAGGGGCAUCUGCCUCCAGUGAUGGGGGGCACGAGUUGUCCCAGCCCCCUCCUUUGCCCCCUCCACUCUGGGAGAAGAGGCUGGAGGAGGAGCAGGAGGAGGAGGAAGAGGAGGAGGAGGAGGAGGAUGCUCUGCUUCCACCAUCAGCCAAGCCCAGCUGGGAAGUCGGGAACUGGAGUGAGUGCUCGGCCACGUGCGGCCUGGGCGCCGUGUGGAGGCCCGUGCGCUGCAGCAGCGAUGGCGGCUGCGCCGAGGCCGACAGGCCCGUCCCUGCCCGGAGGUGCUCCCUGAGACCCUGCUCGGCCUGGAGAGUGGGCAGCUGGAGCAAGGUGCUGUGUCCUUUCCCCAUUUUGUUUCUGUGUCUCUCCCCAUUUUGUUUCUGUAUCUCUCCCCAUUUUGCUGUAUCUCUCCCCAUUUUAUGUUGCUGUGUCCCCAUUUUGUUGCUGUGUCCUUUCCCCGUUUUGUUUCUGUAUCUCUCCCCACUUUGUCACUCUGUCCCUCCCCACUUUGUCACUCUGUCCCUCCCCAUUUUGCCACUGUAUCUCUCCCCACUUUGUCACUGUCUCUCCCCAUUUUAUCACUCUGUCCCUCCCCAUUUUAUCACUCUGUCCCUCCCCACUUUGUCACUCUGUCGCUCCCCAUUUUGCCACUGUAUCUCUCCCCAUUUUGCCACUGUAUCUCUCCCCACUUUGUCACUCUGUCCCUCCCCACUUUGUCACUCUGUCGCUCCCCAUUUUGCCACUGUAUCUCUCCCCGCUUUGCCGUGUCCCUCCCCACGCUGUCGCUUCCCUCGGCAGUGCUCCCGGAGCUGCGGCGGCGGCACCAAGGAGCGGGAGGUUCAGUGUGUGGACACGCGGGAGCAGCGGCCGCUGCGGCCGUUCCACUGCCGGGCGGGGCUGGCGCAGCCCCCGGCGCAGCUGCCGUGCCGGAGCUCGCCGUGCCUGCCCUGGUACACCUCGUCCUGGAGAGAGUGCUCGGAGCCCUGCGGCGGGGGCGAGCAGGCGCGGCUGGUGAGGUGCCCGGAGCCCGGGCGCUGCGAGGAGACAGCCAGGCCCAACAGCAGCCGGCCCUGCAACAGCCAGCCCUGCACCAGCUGGGUGGUGGGCUCCUGGGGACAGUGCUCGGCUCCCUGCGGAGGGGGCAUCCAGCGGCGCCAGGUGAAGUGCAUGGACACCAGGACAGGUGUGGCCCAGGAGGACAGCAGCCUGUGUGACCACCAGCCCUGGCCAGAGAGCACCCAGAAGUGCAACCCCCAGGAGUGCGAGAGCUCCCAGCCAGGUGUCCCCUGCGAGCGCGACCGCCUGAGCUUCGCCUUCUGCCAGACGCUGCGGCUGCUGGGCCGGUGCCAGCUGCCCUCGGUGCUCAGGCAGUGCUGCCGCAGCUGCCACCGACCCGGCCGCAGGUGACAGCGCUGUCCCCAAGCCGCGCCCCUGCCCGCCCUGCCCGGGCCGGCUCCGGGGCUCUCCAAAGGUGCUGGAACCAUCCCUGGGCUGGGGGUGGGACAUUCACAUUCCCUGCUCGCUGCAGGGCUGGGCAGGGCCACACUGCCCUGGGAACCAAAGGGGAACUGAGAGCAGCAGUAACUGGGGGAAAAUCUCUCAGAAAUGCUUAUGGUGCUAUCACUCGACAUUUGCAGCCUCUCCAAGGUGUUGGCUGGCCAGCACAAACCUUGAUUUUUAUUAUUAUUUUUGUAUCUCUGAGGUGAGCAUCCAGCAUUCCACCGACCCUUUGGGGUAGGGAUUUUUAUUAUUAUUAUUAUUUUUCUUGAAGGGACUUGAAGCUGGCAACCCAUUCCUGUUAAUUUUCAUUAAAACGUUUACACACUGAAGCUGAACAGGUUUAAUUUAAGAAGUGGAGACAGGGCAGAGGAAUAAAGUUUCAGCUUCAGCUGGGGCUGUGCAGGGCUCUGUGCCCCCUGUCCCCUCUGCUGGCUUUCUCUGCCAAAGCCAUUGCUGUGUCCCUCUGGGGCAGAGGGAUCCCCAGGAGCUCUGGGGCCCAGCAGCAUUUCCCGUGGGAGCUGCCCUGGCAGUGAGUGGCACAUCCCCUCCCUGGUGCUCAGUCCCUGCAUUUCUCUAUCUGUAGCAGUGUAAUGCUUGGUUAAGGUGGUUUUUUCUGUGGCCUUACAGGCUGAACCCUUUUUUUCUCUGCUUAUCUAGAUUCUCCUGAGUUAAGGUUAGCUGAUUUUUAACUAGAAUAUUCAGUUUACUCUGAGGCACAGCCCCUACUGCCUGCCCCCAGAAUGGUGUGGGAGCAAACCCCUCCCUGUCUGGGGGAGGGUUUGCUGGCAGAUUGGUCUCUGGAGGAGGGCAGGAGCAUUUUGGUAGGAAUUCCUUUCCCUCUUACUCCUCAGGCUGUGGAGGAUGCCCAAAAACUGGGGGACCUUGAAGGGCAACCCUCCCUGCAGUGGGCAGAGUCAGCCUGGAGCCCAUCCAGGCUGCAGAGCUCCAGGUGCUUCUCCCUGGGCUGUCCAAAGGGGGAAAUUCCUGUGUGGGAUUUGUAUGUAAAACACAAGCCAUGACUUCACCAGUUGUGCUUUACUCCAUUCCAAGGUUUUUUAUGGUCUGAGAGUGUCCAGUCCUGUUUCCUUGUCCCCAGCACCAUCUGUCCCACAGCCUGUCCCCCUCCCAGGACUGCAAAGGGACAAGCCUUGUGCUGGGCUCUGAUGGCCACAGCACAGAGUGUGUUAAAUUAAACAGUUACUGAAGGAAA